CAGAGCUCUGACAGAAUGAGCGGAGCCGCGCGCGCACUCGGCGCCUCGCUUUUCGUGCUCGCGCUGCUGCUGCUGCUGCUGCCGCCGCCGUGCUCCCCGGUGGGCGGCAAGAGGACGCGGGGCUCCCAGGGCGCCAUCCCGCACCCGGACAAGAGCAACCCGAACGAGUCGGAACCGCAGUCGGGAUCGGAUUCCCGCGGUCGCGGGAGAGCGCCCGCCGUGCCCGCGGAGGAGGUGCUCGAGUCCAGCCAGGAGGCGCUGCACGUGACCGAACGCCGCUACCUGAAGCGCGACUGGUGCAAGACGCAGCCCCUGAAGCAGACGAUCCACGAGGAGGGCUGCGCGAGCCGCACCAUCAUCAACCGCUUCUGCUACGGACAGUGCAACUCCUUCUACAUCCCGCGGCACGUCCGCAGAGAGGAGGGCGCCUUCCAGUCGUGCUCCUUCUGCAAGCCCAGGAGGUUCACCACCAUGACGUUCACGCUGAACUGCCCCGAGCAGCAGCCGCCCACCAAGAAGAAGCGCGUGCAGCGCGUGAAGCAGUGCCGCUGCAUCUCCAUUGAUCUGGACUAGAGGGGCGGGCUGCGCUCUCGGCGGUCCGCUCCCAGCGGCGAAGGGAGCGGCUCACCGCGCGGCCUGUCCGGGGUAGGGGGGGUUCACGUCCACGUCCACUUCCACUUCCACGUCCCCUGAGGAGCAGUCAGAACACAAUCAAUCAAUGCGAGGAGGUUAUUACACCACCCAGGUAGUUAUGCACGCAGCCUGUGUUGAAUGAAUUCCACAUACACAAACACACUCACAACAAGCACGUUUUCUUCUUUUAUUUCCGCGGAAAGCUCAUCACUGAACUCAUUAACUGCGAAACCGUCCACCUUGUGACAGCGGAAGCGCGCGAUUCACACGCUUAAAACGGGUUUGACACGCAGCCACGUGCACGGUGCAGCGCGCAGAGCUGCUGACAGGAGGAGCUGGAGGAGCCGGAGGAGAUGAGCUGCUGCUCACCGUUCCGAUCAACAUCUGUGUGAACAGCAACAGCUGUACUGUGAACAAUUUGGAGAGGAUGUGCUUUUUAUCAUUACCCCCCCCCCCUGCGAUAAAUUGCCUUCUGUUUUGGGUGUAAAUACAGACUGAGGACUUGAUAGUUUCCACUGUGUGGAAUGAGAGCAGAGCAAUGAUAAUAUUUAAUGUAAUUAUAAAAAAGUUUGUAUCAAUAUAAUGAAUGUUACAUGGACUUGGGCGAACCUCCUCUGGCCUGUUAUCUUACAGGUCUCUUCAU